ACUAUAAUUGUAGAGAAAGGGGAUCAUCGAAAAUUAUGCCCUAACUCUCGCAUUAACCUCCAAUUACUGGAAGUCUGAAAAAAAGAUUUAAUUUUUAUUGGAUUAACUUUGGUGAUCACCUGUAUAUAACAGUUAGACGCGCUGUCACAAAAACCUAAAUCUAAUGCCUUAUUAUUUCCACUUCAGGAAAACCACAAUCCAAGUAAUUAUUAACACUGCGGAGAGGCUGAAGAAGAAAAACCACGGCUCUGCAUAGAUCUUUCCUUUAUCUUUGUUUCAAUGCAUAUUCGAUCCAGAGGUUCCAGCAUCUUCUUCAAUUCCCUUCUCAACCUCAACGAAAUUUUCUCAGCUUUUCCGUCAUUUUGUUGCUGACUGAUUCUUCCCGGUCAAAGCUACCCACGAAUCGGGUCUUUCUUUAUUUGAUCCGAAGCAUAGAAAGAUUUUUUUAUAUGUUUUAAAAAUAUUAUUUUAAUCAACAACCCUAAACUCCCAUUGUCCGGGUGUCUCAGAUUGGCUAGGGUUCGAUAUUCAUUUCUUCCUUUAGAAAACAAUUAGGUGUUUAUGUUGUUUGUGGUAGGAGGAGGAUAAAGACAAUAGAUACCCCUUUGUCUCCGCCUGAGAUUGACUGAUAAAAGGUUGGUCCUUGAUGAUUGCAGUAUUCGACCCUAAUUGGCCCUCACUCUUUUUCAAAACAGAAUAUUGCCUUUUUCGCUGUCAAUUCUAUCUGUUUUUGUUCAUUCAUUUUAUUCUUUGUUUGCUUCUUAAUGGUAAUGCGAGAGUUCCAGGGAAAGAUUCUGGUUUUAUAUUAUGUUUAAAUUAAAGAACAGCCAAUUCCCUGUGCGCUUCUUGUUUCAGCAAGCUCUGUAUAAUAAGAACCAAAAUCAACAUAAAAUUCUCAUGGCUUAUUUGGCUGGUUACGAUCCUUGUUCCCACUUGAGCAAGAGCUUUUCCCAUUACCAUUCUCUUCCUUCUUCUUCUGAUCGUGGCAGCUACUUGUCUUUCCCAUUUCUCCCAAAUCUUGUUUAUGCCAAUGUUUUUGGGGUUGGCAGAAGCAACGGUUUUAGUCUUAGAGGUUGUAGCUUUGACACUAGUGGUGGUAGCAGUAAUAGGAAUGAUAAAAUUGUUGUGAAAGCGAAUGCGAGGCCGCGCAUUGUGGCUCGUCCUUUACAGCCUUUUUUGGCUGAUUUUGAGCAAGGGAAUUCUGUGAGGAAUGAUGGCCUUGAUACUACUCUCAUUGGUGCAUCGGCUAAUGGAACUCCUACUAAGCUUGUUUCAUACCGUGAUCAUCAUUUGUCCCAGAAAGUUGUUGUUGCUGUUGAUGUUGAUGAGGUAUUAGGGAACUUUGUGUCAGCUCUCAACAAGUUCAUUGCUGAUCGGUAUUCAUCUAGUUAUUCAGUUUCUGAGUAUCACGUCUACGAGUUUUGCAAGAUAUGGAACUGUUCACGUGACGAAGCUGAUAUCCGUGUGCAUGAGUUUUUUAAGACACCAUAUUUCAAGACAGGGAUCCACCCUCUCCCAGGUGCUCAGAAGGCUAUUCAGAAGUUAUCAAGAUUCUGUAGCCUAUCAGUUGUAACAUCACGACAGAAUGUGAUUAAGGAUCACACAAUUCAGUGGAUUGAGAAAAAUUUUCCUGGAUUGUUUCAUGAGAUUCACUUUGGUAACCACUUCGCUCUUGAUGGAGUUUCAAGACCAAAGUCAGAGAUUUGUAGAUCUCUAAAUGCUAAAGUUCUUAUUGAUGAUAACCCAAGAUAUGCGCUAGAAUGUGCCGAAGCUGGAAUUAGAGUUUUACUUUUUGAUUAUGAAAAUUCAUAUCCUUGGGCCAAGAAUGAGUCUGUUGAUCAGCACCCCUUGGUGACCAAGGUCAAGAACUGGGGAGAAGUGGAACAACAAUUGCUGUCAUUGAUAUCUUCAUAAUAACAUAAAAUUCCUAAAGCAAGGACUUGUGGAGACCAAUUCUGUGUGAAGUGCUGGACUAAUUCUUGCCUGAUAUAUAGCAGCCUAAAAUAUACCCCAAUUAGAGGGUUAUGGCCAUAGCAUAGGUUGAGGUUGAAUAACUAUAAAUGAUGAGAUUGUAUUCUUUUUCCCAUUUUGAACAACAAUGAAGAGUGAAACAGGUAGUUGUUCAUUAUAGUGGAAAUUCUCAUUACCUUACGAUAUGGAUAACUAGGGAAGCCUUGAAUGCAGAAGUGAACUUUCAAGUAUAGGGUACUACUAUAAUUAAGGUUCCAUGUUGACCAUAAAAUUGUAAGAGAUAGUAUGUUGGAUAAUGGUGAUAAAUGGAAUAAUACGCAUUUGUCUUCAUUAAAAUCUUGGCUCUCUUCUACGUAUCCCAUAUUAUCUUUUUGGGAUACAACCAACCAUGUUCCUUUUGAAGUGGGUAUUGCAGCAUUGUGGUAUGUUCACGUGGCUGACUCCAUGCAUGACUUGUUCUUUUGUACAA